CGGCGGAGUCCGACUGGAGUCGAGCUCACAAGGCGGCGGAGCUCCGCGAGAGAAAGAGGGAUGAGGCGUCGUCGGAACCUUCCCGAACAGACGCCUGUUCGCCAUUUAGUCGGCUAAACGGAGGACUUGCCGUGCUUUGGGUGGACUCAAGGUGACUUGAUGACAAGUUUGCAGGAGUUCGGCCCGUCACCGUCACCGUCACCGUCAUCAGCCUCGUCGCCGCCGCCGCCGGCCGGGAUGGUGCGCCUGCUCGGCUGCCUCCUGCUCGGAUACCUCACUUGGAAUCUUCGGAUCUCGGACGCGCAGGGGGAGUACUGCCACGGCUGGCUGGACGCCAGCGGCAACUACCACGACGGCUUCCAGUGCCCGGAGGACUUCGACACCGCCGACGCCGCCGUGUGCUGCGGCUCGUGCGCGCUCCGCUACUGCUGCGCCGCCGCGGACGCGCGCCUGGAGCAGGACGGCUGCACCAACGACCGGCCGGCCGCCGCCGCCGACGACGACGACGACACCGAGUAUGCGGCACAGCCCGUCUACGUGCCCUUCCUCAUGGUGAGCAGCAUGUUCGUGGCCUUCGUGGUGGUGGGCUCCCUCGUGGCCGUCUAUUGCUGCACCUGCCUGCGGCCCAAGCAGCCCGCCCAGCAGCCCAUCCGCUUCUCGCUGCGCAGCUGCCAGGGAGAGACCAUCCCCAUGAUCCUCACGGCCGCGCCGCCCAGCCUCCGUGCCCCGUCGAGGCAGUCCAGCACGGCCACCACCGGCUCCAGCUCAGCGGGGGGCGGCGGCAGCUCCACGCGGAGGUUCUCCAUCGGGGGGCAACAGCAGCACGGUUGCCUGGUGUCCGCCGCAGUCUCUACCCCGGCGUCCACGCCGACUCAAACCCAUCAGACGUUGCCCCCGUCUCUGCCGCCACCCUACACGUCCCCUCCGGCGUCGGGGGUUCUCCAGCAUGCCCACGCUCAGCUGUCCCUCCAGCAGCCCUCGCAGGGCACUGCGUUCCUCCUGCCCCAGCAGUACUUCUUUCCCCUGCAGCCCGACGCAUUCGCCUCGGCGAAGGGUUUCGCCGACUUCAGCCAGAGUUGACAAGUGCUGCUGCCAGACUGGAUCUGGUUGGAGAUACUUCAACCUACCUGAAUGAGCCACCUACGCACUUUUUUUGUAUUGUAUAUUGUACUGUUUUGUAUGGGCUGUUAUUUUAACAAUAAACAAAUAAUCUUGGCAAUCCAGGAAGAUGAUGGGCUGCUUGAGAAAAGGUGAACCAGGAUAUUCUGGUUUUUUUUUGACAAUUUGAAGGACUUUUCAUGACGGUCUCCUCACAGAUCUUUGAAUACAGUGGUUCUCAAACUGUGGUCCCUGGGCUCUGCAAAACUGGCAAUAAAUUAGGCUGCAUCAUUUAAAAAACAAAAAGUGCAUACAGUACCUACAUAUGCAUGCCAAUAAAACACAAUAUCGAUUACUUCUCCCUACCUUAGCUUUGGACGAAUUGAAAGCUCUGACAUGAUUGUGACCUACCACAUACUGUAAAUCUGACAUCCCUGCAUGAAUUUUUUUUUUUUUUUAGAACAAAAGGCAUAUUGCAGACAUCAAUUGGUAUAUGUGUAUGUAUAUAUUUGAAAAAGGCACUCUUUCUAAAAUAGUGUUCCCCACAUAAUUGUGAUUCACUAUAUGUGAAUUCCCUUAUCCAUCGAUUUUUUUUUUUUGCAGGGGGGUUGGGGGCUACUAAAUCCGCCAUUAUUUGGUGAAAAACUCAUAUUUACCAUCUUUUUGCUCAGACCAAAGCAAUGUCUAAUAAAGAUGUACUGCUUUGGCAGCCUCUUGUGACAUUUUGGUGUCAAAGAAGUAAGUUGAAGUGAGAAGAGGAGUUUCAUCGAGCCAGGCCAUAGCCCUGUCUGAUAGAAAAGUAGUGCUUUGCCGCCAUCUUGUGGCAUCUAGAGGCAGUUAUAAACCAUCAAUUACUUGCGUAUUUUCACUAUUUG